AUGUCGGUCAGUGGAGGCUCUGACGUGGAGGUAGGUCCGAGCACGGCGUUCCCACCGCCAGCUCAACGCAGGAGGGCGUCUUCCACCGCGGCGUCGGCCCGCUCUUCGCCGCAGAGCCCCGUCCAGUGCUUCGCAUGCUUGCAGCCGUGCGCUCCAACCGACCACGUCAAGAAAUGGCACGGCUACACGUUCCACGCUUCGCCGUGUUGGAAUCCAGUUCGGUCUCGCACUCGCAUCUGUUUGGGCAAGCCAAACGGCCUCAGGCGCGAGUUGGACAUCAUGGUAUCGGAUCCCGAGCAGCGGCGUGCAGGUCUACUGUCAUUCGGCACAACGCUGGCACACACCGGCCGCGCCAUCGCCAGGGACACGCUAUCGCAGCAGAUCGACGCAUACAACGAGGAGAUCGAGCGCAGCGCGCACCUUCUCCUCAGCGGCGUGAUGAGGUACACCAAGCAGCAGUGCAAGGACGCGGCUCACCAGAAGGUCCAGGACAAGAAAUUGACCUUGACAGACCUGCCCCAUGACUUCGCCUCGGUUCAGGAAGACCUCCAGCGCGUGGUUGCCGCGUGCAAGACUGAGAAGAGCAAGAUCCCUGACGCCAAGAAGGAGCAGGUGCCAGCGCUCCAAGAUGCCUACGCUAACAUGCUGAAGCAGAAGGCCGAUGCGGUAACCAAGGCAGUCGCCCUCCAAGAUCACUUGCAGCCCCAGCUCAAGAAGGCGACGUCCAACGAGAGGUCCAUGUACCAGGUUAGACGGUGGAAGAAGGAGAAGAUGUCCCAUGCCUUGGUCAAGGAAGGCGCCUCGGCUCCGUUCGCCAAGCACUUCGCCGGCAUAGUUACUACUGCCGCCGGGGUUGUUGGCGAGGGAGGCCCUUCAAAGGUUGUCCUGCGCGAUCGGGCCCAGGAUAACCCAAUCGAGGUGCAGUACGAUACCACCAAAGUGGCGGUCUGGACGAAAGACAACGCCACCGUCGACAGCCAGGAGACCGCCCUCUGGUACAACAUCAUGAACAUGUUCGGCCCAAACUUCGAGACCUUCCUGAAGAGCAAGAUGGAGUCCGUGACGGCCGAGCUCAGGAACCACGCGAACUGGCCAGGGGCGCUCGGCAGGAUGACGGAUUAUUGGCCUACUGCGUCGGAUAGCAUCUCGCCGUUCGACGCGAAGGACGUGCAGUCCAGGGGGGCCGAGAUGUGGAUCGUGGGCGCCAAGAUGGAUGCGAUGAGGAUGCACCCAGCGAAUGUGCCAGUGCCUGGCGUCCCGUGCCUCAUCUACGCGGCGGCGGGCCCUCUGCUGAUCCACGCGGUUGAGAUGAAGUCCUUCCUCGACAUGGGAAUCGCCGCGGCCGGCUACGAGUCGCACCAGCAGACGCCAUCGGGCGUGCAGUGCUUGAAGGCGGGCUCCGCGAUCAUGCUGUGCGACGGCGACGUUGCCUGCGUGCCUGCUGGCUGGCACUGGUCGCUCGUCGCGGUGGGCUCGAUUCUUUCCGACGCGAAGGCAGGCGAGGAUGGCGACGCCAAGCCCAAGCCCAAGGGUCGCGUGAGCGCGACCGUCAAAUCUCAGAUCGACGACACGUCUAAGGAUGCCGACGGUUUCGUUGCCGUGGCCAGUAUCUUCUCGGAGAAGUUGGUGGAAUCGCUCCCUGCGAAUGUCCGCGGGGCCAUUCGGUUGUGUAACAAGACGCACUUCGCGUCGAAGUCGGGCAGGGCCACGCGG